AUAAGUCACAUGUAAACAAACAGGCGGUGCUCACAUGGCCACCGUCUGCCCCAGGAACAUUAUUACUCUUGGCUCUCCUCAGUGACCCAUGGAUUCUAUUGGGUGUCUGUGGUGAUUACUGUGUUAGAAGUGACUCUGGUGUUGUACUGAUGGUCUAGUGAGAAGAUCAGCAAGCCUUCAGAAUGGAGGGCAUAUACACUCAAACCACGCAGCUCCUUACACAGCCCGAGGAAUACUUAAGACCAAGCAAGAGGCUAGAGGAAGCAUGGAAGGAGCAGACCCAAGCAAUGUACAACUUUCUGAAGAAGGAGGAGGAUCGACACGAGUUACCUGCCAUCCCAGGUGCCCUCCCUCGCCUCCAGACUGAUGGCCUUGAUAUUGAACAGGUGUGGCAGCUGGUGGAGCUCCAGAACAAGGCUUUGCUGGCUGCCCCUGAGGAUCUUGAUGGACUGGAUCACACCAACCUGUGCUUCAUGGUGGCCAGGCUCAGCAGUCUGGCCAAACAUGACAAGCUUUCCCGUGCUAAUGAACUGUUGACUGAAGAUGAAGGUAUUGGUGGUAGCCCUCAGGAAAGUGAUGACAUGGAUGAUGAUGAUGAUGAUGAUAAUGACAUGAAAGAAGAUGAGGAAGAGAUGGACAAUGCUAAGGAAGUGUCUGAUGAAGAUAUGAGUGGAGAUGAUGAAGACCUGUUUGAAAAGCCGGACGAUUUGAAAGACACGGGUUUAAAUGACGUGUUUGGUGAUGAUAGUGAUGACGAAGAGGACAACUUUGAUGACUUUAUAGCCAAAGAAGGAGUGGAAUCUGAUGAUGAUGAUGAAGAUGAGGUGGAUAAAAAAAAGAAACAAGGAGGCGAAGCAAAUAUCGAGGACAGUGAAGCAAGACAAGAAAAGAAGAAGGAAGGCAAGAAAUUUGGCAAGACUGAAAUUGACACCACAUUCUUCAGUCUUCGGGAGAGUGAGUGGGUGGCGGACCAGGAUGCCAUCGGGGAGAACUACAGCGGUGACGAUGAGGACAUCGACCUUAUGGCAGACAUAUCAGACAGCAGUGAGGAGGAGGACGGCAUUAUGUAUGAUGCAUUCUUUGACCAAGCCCCAGAAGGCACUGGCACCAGCAGAGGGUUAGGAAAGAAGCUGUCUGAGAUGCUGGAAGAUGAGGAGGAGGUGGGUUAUGAAGAGAAGGCAGAUCAUGGAGCAGCAAAGGAUCUAUUGAAGGAUGACACCGGUGAUAAUGAAGAGAGUGGCACACAACUCCUUGGCGGCCCAAAAAAGGAGAGCAAGUCAACAUUUGAGAAGGAGAGGGAGAAAGAACUGGAGUUGAUGGAACAGUUGGAGGAUGAAAACCUGAAUGAGAAGCCUUGGUACCUGAAGGGAGAGGUGGGCAAUGCUGACAGGCCCCAGAACUCAACCUUGGAAGAGCACUUGGAAUAUGACAUCGCCGUCAGACAGAAGCCCAUCAUCACCGAGGACACCACCAGCCAUGUGGAGAAGAUCAUCAUGGGCAGAAUUCGCAUCAAGGCAUGGGAUGAUGUGGAGCGCAAGGUGCGUCCCACCGCCGACCCCUUCGAGUUCAAGAAGAAGCUCGUCCUUGAACAAGACAAGAGCAAGAAAAGCUUGGCAGAAAUCUAUGAGGAGGAAUACCUCAAGAAGCAGAAGGAGGAGGUUGAGGCAGAGGAGGAGGAACUAGAGGAGCAUAAAGAGAUCAAGGAGCGCAUGGACAAGCUGUUCGUGAAGUUGGAUGCCUUGUCAAACUACCACUACACACCCAGACAACCUGGAGCCGACGUCAAGAUUGUGAGUAACCUGCCAGCCAUCACUGUGGAGGAGACAACCCCUGCCACUGCCAGCGAUGCCACCCUGCUGGCGCCACAGGAGAUAUUAGAGCCAACACGAGGGGAGAUGGUGGGAGACACUGAGCGCACCACCACGGACCGCAAGCGUGACCGGCGAAUCAAGAAGCAUCACCAGAAGAAAAAGGCCAAGAUGCAAGAGAAGAAGCUGCAGGAAAAGGUGCGGCAGGCAGGAGCCAAGGGCGGCACUGGAAAGCUAGACCGCAGCUCAACCAUGAAGGUGAUAGAGAAGGCAGUCAAGAGUGGACAAGUGAAGCUGUUGGAGGGCAGCCAAGACAAGGCAGUGAAGUCUUCACAGACUUUCUUCAAGCAACUUCAAGACACUCGCUCAAAAAAGCAGAAGAAUGAAAACACGAAAAAGAGGAAAAAAGGUCAAUUCUCAGCCUCCAAACUCAUGAUGUAGGGACUUGCAAGACAGUCUUUGCUGAGUAAAUAAGAAUUUUGUACAAUAUAUAUUGUUUAUCAGUACCCAAUAAAGGCUUUGUUGUAAAAA